AUGGCCGAUUCUAACCACCCAAUUGCUCUCACCCCCGAGACAUCUGAAACAGGUGUGUUCGUCUAUUACGUCCACUUCCCCCUAGGCGGUUUGAUGCAAGCUGACCAUUCAAAGGACGAGCUAUUGGACAUGCUCAGGCAAGACCUCCGGAACCAGAGUCUCACUCUCUACCGCACCGAGAGCGACUGCCCGGCAUCCGGCGUGGUCCUGAAGGUUCGCGUCGAGUACGAAGACGAGGCCGAGGUCCUCCGCACGGCCCAAGAGGCGGUCGACUCCGAGAUGGAGAACAGCGGCAUUGCCGUAUCUCCUGUGCGGACGGAGAGCGAGGAAUCGGAUUCGGCGGCGGAGGCCCAGCUUCAGAAUGAGAUGGCCGCGGCGGUCGCAACGGCGGCAGCUAGUGGUAACUCUGCAUUUCUGGCCGCGGAAGGGAAUAUGCGGCUGGAGAUUCUGGCCGCUGUUGCCGUUACGGUUGCUGGGGCUGGUGAUGUGGCCGGUCCUGAUGCUGCGAGUCCCGUGGCCAGAUAUGUGAAUCUGCCCGAGAAUGAGAAUCUGAGGAUGGAGAUCCUCGAAUCUGUUGCUGCGGCUAUUGCUGAUGCUCGUGAUAAUGCCGCUGGUGCUGGUGCUGGUAAUGGCGGUGCUGGUACCCUGGGUGACGGGAGCCCUGGGGGAAGACCCCUUAGGCUGAUCGAGGAUGAGAAUGGGGACCUGGAGGUUAUCUCUGAUUCGUCUGGUCAUGAGGAACAUACGGGAGAACAACCCGUUACUAUGAUUCGCAUAGAUGAUAAUGGGAACCUAGAGAUGUUCUCUGUUCCUGUCUCUGAUAUUGGGAGAUAUAUGAAUAGAAUUACGGUGGUCGAGCAUGAGAAUGGGGAGAUGGAGGUUGUAUCCAAUCCGUCUGAUUCUGAUAACUAG